UUUUAUUAAUUUUGUCUAUAGUUUUUGUUUUUGUUAUUACUUAAAAAAAACAAUAACCAUAAUUUAGCAGCCAGAGCCAGCAGAUUUGUUUGGCUAAGGAGAAUGGAAGAGAAAUACAAAACCCUAGAAAUUGUAGAGAAAACCCCAAAAUCCUCCUCCUCCUCCGGUGUGUUGUAUCUUAACCUGAAUCGGCCUGCACAGCGCAACGCUCUGACGUAUGAUUUCUUCUGUGAAUUCCCGAAAGCACUGUAUGCACUAGAUAAUAACCCCAAUGUCAAGGUUAUCGUUUUGUCCGGUGCGGGAAGCCACUUCUGCUCCGGCAUCGACCUUUCCCUUUUGAAAUCUACAGUAGGCGAUUCAAAUUCUGUGUCUGGGGAGAGUCUUCGUCGACAGAUCAUGGCGAUGCAAGAUUCGGUGACAGCCCUGGAACGAUGCCGUAAACCUGUGAUUGCAAGUAUACACGGAGGUUGCAUCGGCGGUGGUAUUGAUAUCAUAACUGCGUGUGACAUAAGGGUUUGUACGGAGGAGGCAUUUUUCUCGGUGAAAGAGGUGGAUUUGGCCUUGGCAGCUGAUCUUGGAACACUUCAGAGGCUACCCGGCAUUGUUGGUUACGGCAACGCCAUGGAAUUGGCUUUGACUGCUCGAAGGUUCUCAGGUUUGGAGGCUAAGGAGUUGGGUCUCGUUUCUCGCGUUUUCCAUUCCAAACAUGAUCUGGAUGAAGGCGUCAGGGAUCUUGCUCAGGGUUGUGGAGGAAUUGGAGAGGGGUCUGUUGUGGCCUUUACUGCUUUCCUCUUUGUACAUAUGGCCUAGCCUCCUUGUAUUAUAUCUAUAGUACUUCUUGUACCAGCAAUGACUUGAAACUAAUUUUUUCACUUUGAUUUGCAUUCCUGGGUUCUCUAUCGAACACCACAACAAGAUACCAAAUGUGUUUUCUUCGUUUUCAUUUCACACGAGCUAUUAGUAACGUGAAACGAACCGACACAAAUCUUCGACAUUCUGCUGCACAACCUUCAAACAAUACGCACCAAGAAGAAAUUAAAUUUAGGGUUCAAACUCUACCCACGAAAUUAGAGGAAGUGAGUUAAACAUGGAAGCAACCCAUUAAAAUUGUUCAAUUUGAUAGAGUACCAAAUUAAUUUGGAAGAAGAAUAUGAGAAUCUGAGAUGAGAUGAGAAGAAGAUGUUGAAUCUCUGAGAUUUAUUUUU